AUGGCUCAUACUGGGUCAACACCUGACGUAGAUGAUACUACAUCACCAACCCAGUCACCAAACUUGGGAAGGCAUGAGGAGUCCUCUAGUGGGCAUGUUGGAGAGGGGUCUUCUCGUACAACACGUAGGUUAAGAGGCCCCACUAUGGCCAUAGAUAUAUGGAACAUGCUUGAAGGGGAACAAAUUGAAUUGCCCAUAGACAUAGAUGAUUGGAGAGGAAUUCCUAUAGAGACAAAGGAAGAAAUAUGGAAACUUAUCAAGUCAUUGGGUAAAAAGUGGAGGGAUUGGAAGUCCAAUUUGAAGAAAAAGUAUUAUGACCCUGAUCCGGAUAGUGCAGAUGCACUAUCAAUUGAGCAGCUUGAAAGUCGGGUUGAUGCACACCAAUGGAGAAAUUUGGUACAGUUUUGGAGAUCUGAAAAAGGGACUGCAAGAUCCACAACCAACAAACCUAACCGCUCCAAACAAACAAUCAAUCACACAACAGGAGCAAAGAGCUUUGCAAGAGUACGCGAGGAAUUGAAAAUAGAGAGGGAAACUGAUGUAUCACGUGCGGAGGUAUUUUAUGCAACACACAAGAGAAAGGAUGGAACACCUGUAGAUCCAAGAUCUGGUUCUUUAAUGGAGGAAAUGCAAAAUUGCAUGUCUCAAGAGGAAGACACUCAAAAUGAGGGCAGUGAACAAGGACACGAUGAUGUCUAUGCUCGUGUGAUGGGCCAAGAACGUUGUGGCCGAGUGCGUGGUCUAGGUUUAGGCCCAACACCAUCCAGGUUCAGGGGCCCACGCCAGAGCCAUGAAGAUGCCUUGAGGGCUGCUAAUGAAGGUAAAAGAGCAGCCGAAGAGCAUUCACAAAAGCUGGAAGAACAGAUUGCAUCUAUGCGAGAACGGAUGGAUGUGAUGGAAGCUCAAUUGCUUAAUAGACAGGAUCGAUGUGAAUCAUCCCAAUUGCGAAGACACUCCUCCGCACAUGCUUUUCAAAGUCCCUUUUAUCAUCAAUUUAGCUCCAACAUUGAAUCACGGGUGUUUUUAGGUUUACAUCUGGACAACAUUCUUGUUGUUUUUUCUUGCCAUAUUCAAUGCUUGCAUUGCCAUCACUAAAUUUGGAAGGAUUGCAUGGGGCAUUUUGGCAUGUUAAUAUUAUAGUUGUUCUUUUAAUCCAAGAGGCCAUCAAGGAUUGCAUUAUAUUUUGCAUAGGUAAUUUGCAGGUUUAAGUGGAUUUGCAUUGGAAGAUGUGCUACAUUAUUUGACAAAUUGAAUGUUUCUGAAGUCCUUGUAUUUUUUAUAUGUCAAUUGGAUAUUGUAUUUGAACAAUUUGU